AUGGCAGCCGUUCCGCUGCAUGCGGUUCAGACCCCCUCUAAGGUCCUCCUGCCGGGCUUUGUGAGGAAAGCGGUGCCGAUCUUUUUUGUGGUGAUGCAUGGCUUCUUGGCCCACAGCGGCGCCAUGAACUCUUUCGUUGUCAUCCUGCGCAACGCCAUCGACGCGCACAACCGCGCUGUGCUGGAAUCAAACGACCAGACGUCGGUGACGCUGCCGUUCCACAUCACCACGCUCGACGCGCGCAACCACGGUCUGUCGCCGCACACCUCAACACACAGCUCGGAGAACCUCGUGGAGGAUCUCAGCCACUACCUGGAACACGACUUUCCACGCACAGUGUCUCGUGUCUCAGAGGCGUGGAUGCGCGACAGCAGCGAUCACAGCCACGGCGACGUGGGUUGUCCGCGCGUCGUAGCGAUUGGCCAUAGCAUGGGCAGCAUUACAUGGACGCAAUACCUCAUGGACCGCUACCUCCCUUCUCUAGCGAACACCGGAAAAAUUCAAAGGCCGGAAUUAUCGUCCACUACAGCGACAUCGCCGUCGAACAAUGUCUCCGCUUCUGCUCAACCGUCUCUUGACGUGAAAGGGCUCGUAAGUCUCGACUUACCGCCUAUCGUGCGCUCAAACAUGACGGCGAAGCUGACCGGUGAGCUCAUCGGCAUCAUCGAGCAUAUGAAGGUUGUGAAUCUGAGCGCAAUCUCUGACCUCCGGAGUGGACACGAAGAGUUCUACCGCUGUGGCAUGCACGAUAUCCGCGUGCGGGGACUGUGUACGACGAACUUGGCACUUCAACGCGACCCCAACGAUCCCACGCGACGCGUUGCGAGUUGGAAGUGCAACGUGCCCGUGCUUGAGCACUCCAUCCGCUCUGGGGAGCUUUUCCUACCUGACUCAUACUACAAGCCAGCCGCAGGCGGAAAGGGCUCGGGUGGCACGCGUGAUUCACAGGAACAGAAGCAGAGGCGGCACCGGCUAGCGCUGGAGUAUCCCACGGUUGGCACGGUUCCAGUGUUGUCGGUGCUCGGAGAUGCCAGCCCAGUGGGAGGCGACCUGCAGUAUCAGCAGCUAUGGGAGCGCUACGCCGUGGACCUCCGGCAGCACUCCAUUCCGCAUGCGACGCACACGGUGUACUUCGACAAGCCCCACGAGACCGUGGAGCUUGUGAAGAACUUUUUGAAGGAAAUUCAUGUAGACCAGCCCCUGUGA